CGUUGGGUUCAUUGUUUAGUAAACACCGCUCUCCGUGAAAAAGACACGUCAGAAAUUGAUUGAAUCCGAGUUUUGUCUUUAUUUGUGUCAAAAGCACACUUCAACUACUUUGUCAACAUGCAGGGAAUGUACAGUAUGCGCAGUCCUGCUGUGAAAAGGCUGAUGAAAGAAGCACAGGAACUGAGUGAACCAACAGAACAAUAUGCAUGUCAACCACUUGAGGACAAUUUGUUUGAGUGGCAUUUCACUAUCCGAGGUCCAGCAGACUCCGAAUUUGAUGGAGGUCUGUAUCACGGCAGAAUUAUUCUGCCACCAGAAUAUCCUAUGAAACCACCCAGCAUCAUUAUACUCACGCCAAAUGGAAGAUUUGAGGUGAACAAAAAGAUAUGUUUAAGUAUAUCAGGACACCAUCCGGAGUCAUGGCAACCAUCUUGGUCAUUGAGAACAGCCUUGCUAGCUAUAAUAGGAUUCAUGCCUACACAUGGGGGUGGGGCUCUCGGGUCCUUGAACUACACUCCAGAUGAGAGAAAAAUACUGGCAAAAAGGUCGCAAGAUUUCAAAUGUCCAUCGUGUGGUAGUAUCCAGAACAUACUGAAGCCAGUGACGGAGGAAUCUAAGAAAACAACAGAGGAAGCUAGAGAACUUGCCGCACAAAUAGACUUUAAGGACGAGAAAGAGAAAAAUGCAGCUUUGAAAUCCACUACCCAGAAUUCCUCAACUAGUGAACAGGAAACGCCUGUAGCAGACAACACAACUGAGGGUGCAUCAGCAGCUGCAGCAUCUCAACCAGAUAUAGCGUCACAACAGUUCGGGCAAUUUCCAUUCAGAAUGCCAUUUUUCCCGCCUUUUCCACAGAUGAAUCCACAGUUUGCCAAUACUGGGGUUAGUGCAGCGACACAAGUCCCAAGGUUUCCUCUACCAUUUGUGUCACCGUUCUAUCCUCCAAUGAUGCAGCCAGGAACUUUUCCAAUGCCCCCCAUGAUGCCUGGAAUGCAGGUGCCACCAUGGCAACAGAACAUAAAUACAACACCAUCACAGAGUCCAGUGUCUGCUUCUGUACCAACAAGGGAGACAACUCCACCAAACGCUAGCAGUUCUUCUGUUCAAAAUGACACUUCUGACACUCAGAGUAACACUGAAACUGUAAACCAGUUGAGUACUACAACAUCUUCAACACAAAAUGCCGAAAACACAUCUACAAACAACACGUCGCCUACAAGUGAAGAGGGACUGCGCCAAAGAAAUGUUGCUUCCGCACAACAAACACACACACAUCACAGGCAACAACAGUCUUCCCAACAGGCAGACACAGACGAUCGUAGGACUGAUAGAUUCUUGCUUCUAUUUGCAGCCUUUGUGGUUAUUGUAAUAGCAUUGUUGUUAAUCAGACGCUUACAUAUGAUGAAACUUAUACACUUUUCAUUAUAGGGAUCAAUAACUACAUUACAGCUUGCAUUAAGAGUCCAUCUUGGUUAAGGCGAGAAAGUGGUCGCAUAACACAACUGUUCUCUUAAUAUGGUGUAAUCAUUUCUUUAACAACACAAAAAGGAGUAGAUGUUACAGUCGGUUGUUUCUAUACUUAAUAUUUAGACUAUUUGGGCAAGCUUUGAUAUACUGUUAUAGAAAAGUUUUAGUUAUACCCUUUGCCAAAGUAGAUUAAUUUAAACUUAUUCAUACAAAAAAUUGUGACUUUUGGGGGGAAAAAAAGGAUCAAAAGUAAACAGUUACAGAAAUCUUUUCCCAAGAAAGUAACUUCAGAAUUGCAUACAAGAUAUGUGUUUGUUUUUGUGUUAGAUGGAAAAAUUUUUUCAUCAAGUUACUUCGACAGCUGACAGAGACGAUCUUUAAAAAUGACUGUAUUAAAAUGUUUUUAGUGUAAAAAAAACAACGCCCAGAUUUUGAGAUAUCUGUGAUUUUAUUGAAAUGAGCCGUGCCAUGAGAAAACCAACAUAGUGGGUAUGCGACCAGCAUGGAUCCAGACCAGCCUGCGCAUCCGCGCAGUCUGGUCAGGCUCCAUGCUGUUCGCUUUUAAAGCCUAUUGGAAUUGGAGAAACUGUUAGCGAACAGCAUGGAGCCUGACCAGACUGCGCGGAUGCGCAGGCUGGUCUGGAUCCAUGCUGGUCGCAUACCCACUAUGUUGGUUUUCCCAUGGCACGGCUCAAAUGGUGAUUAGUGUGUAUAAGUGCAUGUACUUACAAAAAGAUUCAUAAUAUGAGAUAUUUUGUAAUGAUAAAGUCAACAGCUAAGUCAUAUUUCGUCACCUUAAUUCAAGAAGGGUGUAAGUUCAUUUUUGACAAAAUGGAGUGUUUGGUAACAUUGGAUUUGUCUCCAAACGCUCAACAGCAUGCACCUAACUUAUAUUGUGUAGCUCUAACAUGAAGAGGGUAAAUCUUUGCCACCAACAUCUAACUCACCCAUUUUAUGUUCCAGUCAGAUCUUUAAACGCAUUUUUCUCAAAACAAUAAUAAUGAAGUUAUACGCUUCUGGAAUUAAGGUGACAAUUUGUCAGUGAAAAAGUGCAAUAGACAGUUCAUACAAGAUGUGUUACCAACUAAACUUCGGUAACAGUGUAAUAGCUCAAAGAUAAGUGGAUGAAUAAUAGAUAAUUGUGGAGAAAGCAUGCAGGAUCAGUGAUAUCUAUUUUCCUUUGUUGCAUUUUGUUUUUGGUAUUCUGAAUGUUUAUAGCUUCAUAACAAGUGCGUCAAAUUACAUUUAUGCCAUGAUUUUAAAAUUUAAUGUUUAUUUUCAAUAAUGAUGCUGUUAAAGUAAUAUUUUCAACUUACAUGUAAACAUAGAACUGAAUUAUGUAGAGGAUUGUGUGUUAGAAAAUACUACAUUUAAACAGUCCUUUGAAGAUGAGGGGAUAUAUGUUGUUUUGCUCAUGUGAUGCUUUGGUUGGUUUGUCUUUGGGCAGUUAAUUUUUGUAUAAGAUCAAUAAUUAAAGAACAGCUGGACCUAUAACCAAGCCUCACGUAAUUGUUGCUCAUGGUCAGUAGGUGACCAUAGUCACGAGAAGCUUGAGGCUGUUUCUGAUCAAUAACUGGGGAACACCUUGAUUCUGAAACCAAAUUAUGUACACAGGUACCUCUGACAUGCUGUCACGAUGAGCAUACUGUGAAAUAAUCAAUAUUAAAAGGGGAUUUUAGUCCUAUUUAUUUUGAUACCUUCAAGUUCAUAUCCCACUGAAAGAGCAGUUUUGGUUUGAUUAAUAUUUUUCAUAUAAUUUCACAAUAUGUGUUUAGCAAAGAGCUUAUGUUAAUAUAAUUAAAGUUGGGUUAUUUUCUAAUUUAUUUGUUUAUGUAUCUUUUACAAUUAAGAUUAAAUUUUUCUUGACUUUUGUUACUUGGUAUAUUAUGUUGUUGUUAAAUCUUGGAGGGGAUAUUUACUGUGUUGUAUAUACGUACCUUUUAUUACUUAGUGAAUAAUUUUAGCAUCACCUUUAUUACAUAAAUAAGCACUAGCCAUAUUUGUGCUAUUAAGAAUUUAUGCUGUUAUUAUGGUAAUACUUUUGAGAUGCUGCUGCUUAAUAUUUAUGACAUUUUGUCUUCACAAGUCACUGUGAUCGCAAUGUUCGUCUUCACAAGUCACUGUGAUCGCAAUGUUCGUCUUCACAAGUCAGUGUGAUUGCAUUGUUUGUCUUCACAAGUUACUGCCAUUGCAAUGUUCAUCUUCAUAAGUCACUGUGAUGGCAAUGUUAGUCUUCACAAGUCAGUGUGAUGGUAAUGUUUAUCUUCACAAGUCACUGUGAUUACAAUGUUUGUCUUCACAAGUCACUGUGAUCGCAAUGUUUGUCUUCACAAGUCAGUGUGAUUGCAUUGUUUGUUUUUACAAGUUACUGCCAUUGCAGUGUUCAUCUUCAUAAGUCAGUGUGAUGGUAAUGUUUAUCUUCACAAGUCACUGUGAUUACAAUGUUUGUCUUCACAAGUCACUGUGAUCGCAAUGUUCGUCUUCACAAGUCAGUGUGAUUGCAUUGUUUGUCUUCACAAGUUACUGCCAUUGCAGUGUUCAUCUUCAUAAAUCAGUGUGAUGGUAAUGUUUAUCUUCACAAGUCACUGUGAUUACAAUGUUUAUCUUCACAAGUCACUCUGAUUGCAAUGUUCAUCUUCACAAGUCACUGAGAUCACAGUGUUAGAAUUCUGAAGUGACUCCUAUCACCAUGUUCAUUGUUUCAAGUCACUCUGAUCAAUGUUCAUCCUCACAAGUCACUCUGAUAACAGUGUUAUAAUUCAGAAGUGACUUUUAUCACAGUGUUCAUCCUCACAAGUCUCUCUGAUCACAGUGUUCAUCAGCCAAAAUAACAUAAUGAUGAAUAUCAUCCAGUCUGCUGUGUAACUAUGUCAAUAUGUUAUGCAAUUUUCAUUUGUUGUACAGCUUACUAUCAUAUUCAGAGCAUACAUUUCUGCAUUUCUUAUUGGAUAUGGAUGAACAAUAUUUGAAAAGCUGAAGACAGGCCAUUUUUACACUAAGGGCAAUACAAGGGAAAUGUACUAUUCCUUUGCUGAUUUACUUAUGUUGGGCUUGUCUUUCAAUAUUGUUUAUUUAUGGGUAAUCAUGCGAUUCUUUGUAAAACUAACUGUUUAGUGUAACAUUUUCAGGCAGGUUUCAUCUCCAGUGUACCUGUAAACAUUGGUAAAAACUGAUAGACUGUUUUAUUUCAUGUCUUUAUUGGUUUACAUAUGUAUAAUGGUUGAUCCAGAAAUAAUAUCACUCUGUCUAUGGCACAUUAAUUCUUAGUUUAUGCUUAUUCAGAUCUGAUCACAUAAAAAAAAAUUUUUUCAUUACAGAUAUGUAGAAAUUUCUAGUAUAGCUUUGGCGCUAUUUCAGCUCAUUCAAAGGCAAUUUAUUUUUUUUAUAAACAGAAAUAAUGGUCAAACAAAGAUGGUCACCAAAAUUUACAUUGAACUAUUGUGCCAAAUGAAAUGAAAUUAUUAUGGUCUUAAAAAGAACCUUUCUGUCAUCUGCGGCUAAAAUCUGGGUGAUAUCUUGCAGGGUCAAGUUAGCUUUAUAGUACAAGUGAUUGUUACUCAGUGAAAAAAAUGUUGUUUUCUGAUGUCAGUAAGUUCAGUGAUGUGUGUCGUUCGCUCUAAACAUGCUAUCUGUAGUUUGAAAGUUAUUUGUGUGAUAUUCUAAAAUAACACUGUUAACAGAUCUAGAUAUUCAGGUAUGAAAUAUUGUUGUUUUCUGUUCAUUUUACCUGCUUUUGUGACACCAGUUACAUUACUUCUUGAUCAGCCCUCGUACAUUACAGAAGAAUGCUUCGUGUUUAUUUCUUUGCAAAACGUUUUACUUAAUUUGCUCAUAUUUUGCUCAUCAUAGAGGGUACUGCCAGAAAUCAACAAUAAGAUGUCAGUGUGACAGUUGUAUAGACCUAGAGAUAAUUUAGCUGUUAUAUGUAGGUUGGUAGGAUUUUGUUAAUGCUGAUGUAGGUUUAAAUCAUUUCAUAGAUAUGUCUAACUAAUAUUGUAUAAGUAUGUAAACAACAUAGGAAACCAAUGUUGGAUUAAAUCAUGUCAUAGGUAUGCCAUAUUUGUAGCCUAUAGGUUUGUGGACAAGACAGUAAGCUGUGAUAGGUUUAAAUCAUGUCUCAGAUAUGUGUAGUUAGUAUCCCGUAGGUUUGUAAACAAGACAGGAAUCUACUAUAGGUUUAAAUCCUGUCAUAGGUAUGCCUAACCAGUAUUCUGUAGGUUUGUAAACAAGACAGUAAACUUAUGUGUUCAAAUCAUGUCAUAGAUAUUUUGGUUUCUGUAGGUUUGUAAAUAUGGCAGUAAGCUGAUGUAGUUGGGCAUAAUUUGUACCCUGUGUCUGUGUGUGUUUACUUUGUUUAGAUAGAACUUACAUUAUCUGAUUGUCUACCUGAGGUGCUAUCGUUAGUGUCUGAUAAGUCAUCAACAUAGGUUUCAAAAGAUCACCUGUGAUAUAUGCAUGCAAUUUGAUGAGACCGUGAAUUUCUUGAAAUGGGUAGGCUUGAGUACAUGAUAACUGCAUACAUAUUUUGAAUGUAUAUAGGAACAUGACUACAUACUCUUUGUUAUAUCAGAUACAGAAUAAUUUAUUCCAUAUACACUUACAUGGUAUUGGAGGUAAUUGCAUUUUUUUUUAAUUAAAAUUUCACUUUGUAAUUAUGACUUUUCAAAUCUUAAAUUUUUAUUUAGUAAAUAUACUUAAUUUCAUGGGUGCAAUUGUUUUUUGUAGUUAACUAAAACUUAGAAAUACUUUAUUGUUUCUGUAUAGUUAUCUGUUCACAUGUUAUUUAUAUUAUGUAAUGUUUGUCUUCACAAAUACUUUAUUUUAUUGUUGUUUUUUUUCUGUUUUAUAAUAUUUUUGUUUGUAUGCCAUAUCUUACGCACAUAAUGUGUUAAGUGUAAUUUUAUUUUUAUGUUCUAUUUCUUAAUUUAAGUCGGAAGUUGUUGCAGUUUGUAUUAACCCUUAUCAUGCUGGACACAAUUUAUUCUGCCUUUGCGACCAGUGUGGAUCAUGAUCAGCCUGCACAUCCAUGAAUGUUCGCCAUUCUGUCUAUAUCUUUUUGGUAUGCAUCCCUUUUAACAGUUAAUGGUACUGUCCAGAUUUGAAAGAUGGACAAGUUCAUUAUAGAAAUACAGCAGGGUAAGGGUUAAUUGAAUACUAUUAGGCCAAUGAAAAUUGAUUGUAGAGAUGUUGCUCUGCCAGCUAGAAUCUUCAUCAAGGUUUGGCUGCUGUUCUAUAGAUUGAUUUUCACUGUCCUAAUUAGUGAUAAAAAUUGUAAAAGUGUAAUGUGUAAGUUUUUUAUGCUUGGGACAUGUUAGCAUUGUCACAUUGUUAUGUAAUAUUUUGAAAUCCAGUUAAUAAAUAACUUCAAACAUG